AUGGGCUCCGGCGAAAAAUCAUACAUCAUUGUUGGCGCUGGCGUUUUCGGAAUUUCAACUGCUUACCACCUUAUAAGAAAAUAUCCAAACGCAUCUGUGACUGUGGUUGAUCGGGAUGCCUACGAUGCAGAAAGUCGUGUAGCUGCAUCUUGGGACUGGAACAAGGUGGUACGCGCUGACUACGACGACAUCGUUUACUGUGAAUUGGCUCUCGAGGCCCAAGACAUAUUUCGAAAUGACCCAUUAUGGCAACCACACUUUCACCAGACGGGCAUAUACUGGAUAUGUCGAACCGACUAUGCACAGGACGUCAUUGACAACUACAAGAAACUCGGGCGAAAGGCGGAACUUGCCGCCGUGCCUUUUGAGGAAGCUCGUAAGCUGUACGGAGGAGUCUUCGACAAGGCUCAAUACGAUGGGGUCAAAGAUGUGCUGGUCAACAAAACAAGUGGCUGGGCAGCCGCAGGAGAUGCCUUGCGAGCAGUGACGAAGAAAUCCAUCGAACUCGGUGUCAAAUACGUGACUUCUGAAGUGUCAACAUUGCAGUUCGAUAGCCAGAAUAACUGCACCGGAGUCAGACUAGUGUCAGGAAAGGUGUUGGAAGCUGCGCAUGUUAUACUCUGCACCGGUGCUUACACCUCUAAACUGCUGGAGCUGAGCGCUUACAAGAGUGGUAUCAAGGACCUUCCAGCAGGGGACAGAAUCGUGGCUGGAGGAAUCACCACUGGCAUGACAACACUUGACGACAAGUCAUAUGGACAAUACGCUGAAAUGCCAGUGGGUGUCCAAGGUUAUACGACACAACAAGGCCCCUUCAUUGGCAGCCUUCCACCAACUAAAGACCGGGAAUUGAAAUGGUGGGGCCAAACAAUAUUUAGCAACACGAAGGAGGUUGUUCCUGGUCGAUACUGCUCCAUGCCUCCCCCUGAAAAGGACUAUUCCCAAUGGAAUGCCUCAAGAAGAAUGAAGGAGGACAUUGAUCAUGCAAAUAACGUUUUCUACGGAGAACGGGGUGCAAACUGGAAGAUGGAGAAGUACCGGGUUUGUUGGGACGCAUUUACCACCACUUCCGACUUCAUCAUCUCCCCCCACGCAGCCUCAAAGGGAUUGUACAUCGCGACUUGCGGUUCAUUCCACGGCUACAAGUUCUUCCCGGUACUCGGCAAGUAUAUCGUCCAGAUGUUGGAAGGCGACCUGCCUCAAAACCUGUCCGACAAAUGGGCCUGGAACCGAGACCGACCGGACCCUGCUCUCAACCCAGACUUCCCAAGGGUAGAGAUGAAAUAUUUACUAGACUUCAACAGGACUUCAAAAUUGUAG